AUGGUCAAACAACCAUUAGCCAGCAGCUCCUCAUCGUCAUCCACCAACUGGUGUUUGCGAUUAUUGGCAUUUGGCUCUCUUCUUGUCACCUUGUCCGUUGUGUACAUGGCGACCUACAUGGUCUUCUCACCAUUAUCCUGUCAUUGGUCAACAUCAAAAUCUGCCACUUCUCGAAGAAUUGCUUUGAUUGCUGAUCCUCAAAUGGAAGGCGACACUAAAGUGUAUCAUCAAGGUCAAUACGGUCUUUUAAAUAAUUAUUUCAAUGAUUAUUAUUUUACAUUAAUUUUUCAGAAUGUUCAUUACUUUCUUCAACCCGAUACCAUUUACAUGCUUGGUGAUUUAUUUUCCUCACAAUAUGUCUCUAAUGAGGAAUUUGAUAUUCGAGUGGAAAGAUAUAACAGAAAUUUCUCAGGACUAUUCAAAUGGCUCAAUCGAUUGUUGCAAUUGAGGAGUGGAGAUUUGAAGGAAGAAGAAUAUUUACAAAAAAAUGUUCGAUCAGAAAACUCUUUACGGAACUUACCUUUUCCUUAUUUGGUAAAUUUAACAGGAAACCAUGACAUUGGUUAUGGUAUUGAGGCGUCAUUCUUUAGAGUUCAGAGAUUUAUUGCUGCAUUUGGUGUUCAAAAUAGAAAAGAUGUUAUUCUAGAAAAUGGUAAAAAGAAGGUCCUUGCUGUCACUUUAAAUUCAAUGGUUUUGGAUGGAGGUGAAGAUAAGGCAGAAUUCAAAGCGGCUUGGGAAAUGGUGGAACAAGUUCGUAAAAUGAAGCAAGAAAUGAAAGAAGAUUUGGAAGUGCUACUCUUUAUUCAUGUUCCACUUCACAAACCAAAAGGAGCAUGUGUGGAUAGACCUUACAUUCGAUGGUCUGACGGAGACGAUAGAUUACCGAUUGAACAAAACAUGUUAUCUCCAAGAGUUUCACAACUACUUUUGGAUCAACUCAAACCAAAAUAUAUUUUCAAUGGUCAUGAUCACUUUGGAUGCAAAUACCAACACAAAGAAGGAACGAUGGAAAUUACUGUAAAAUCAAUUCAAGGUGAUUUUGCAGGAAAUGUUGGUUUAUUUGAAGUUGAAAGUAAGAAUGGUCAAUUUGAGUACAAGUAUAAGGAUUGUGAGUAUUAUCCAACUAAGGUGGUGGUGGGCUUUUUGGGAGGAGUUGCUUUGUGGAUUGUUUUUGUCAUUCUUGUCAUUGUGUUGAGAAUUGUCAGGUUUGUGCUGUGUUGUGAAUUCGUGCCAAGAAAAGAGAAGAGGGACUAA